CAUCUAUCACUCGCGAGCAACAACUUCGUAAACAAAGGUCCUCAUCAAUUCGUGCGUGUUUCGAACUGAACUUCCAUCCAACUCUGUCAUCAUUACUAUAAACUGCCACUACUACUACUACUUCUUAGCGUACUUUUUCAGCUGGUAUUCAGUUUAGAUUCAGUUCACGUUUGGACUCGGUCUGCUAGGAGUGGAUUUCGAACGCAGCACGCGAAUGUGAGAGCUGGAAAUUCGAAUUGUGUCGCUUCGAUUUCAGAAUGGAGCAGGGCGGUACUAUGGGUUUUUCGAAACCCAAAUUAAAGGUGAAUGUGUCCAAUAAGCGGCCGGAUUCGCUAAAGUUGGAGCUGUUGACCAUUCCGGAAAAUUCGUAUAUGAACCAGUUCGCCAACGGGAAUAUCAGCAAGGUGGUUAACGUGGGAUUUAGGAAUAUUAGUUAUACGGUUAAGAAAGGACUAUUUAAGAGAAAAACUCAAGUGAUAUUAGACCAAAUAAAUGGAGACUUCUUAGGAGGAGAACUAAGUGUUAUCAUGGGACCAUCUGGUGCUGGAAAGUCAAUACUCCUUAAUAUUUUAGCAGGAUACACAACAAAAGGUGUAGAAGGUGAAAAAUUUGUAAAUAACCAAAGAAGGAACGAAGUGAUCUUUCAGAGAAAAUCUUGUUACAUCAUGCAAGACGAUGAUCUCCAACCAUUACUGACAGUAUUAGAAGCAAUGAAUAUUGCCGCUAGUUUGAAAAUGUCUUCUAAAUAUACACAAAAAGAGAAGAAAAGUAGGAUACGAGAAAUUUUGGAUUCGAUGGGCCUCUGGAACCACAGAAAAACUCGGACAGAUGGCUUAUCUGGAGGGGAGAAAAAAAGACUUUCCAUUGCUUUGGAGCUGCUUAAGAAUCCAGACGUUAUGUUUUUUGAUGAACCCACAAGUGGUUUGGAUAGUGUAGCUUCGAAACAAUGUGUUCUGUUAUUAAAGCAGAUGGCCAUAUCAGGAAAGACAAUAAUAUGCUCCAUACAUCAACCUAGUGCACCAAUUUUUGAAAUUUUCGACCACUUAUACCUCAUAGCCAAUAGUAAAUGUUUGUACGAAGGUAGUGUAAAGGGAGUGUUGCCAUAUCUGGAACAAUGUGAUUUGAAAUGUCCUACUUACCACAAUCCUGCCGAUUAUUUAUUAGAAGUGGCCAGUGGAGAAUAUGGUGAUUAUGCAACAAUUUUAGCUGACAAAUCCGAAAAUGGAUUAAAUUCAGAAUGGAGGAAAACGAAGAGAGACUCCGUACAGAUGGAAUCUCUUGAACACAUUGGUAGGAUGAUGGAAUGCGGCAAAAUGACACCCGUCCACGCUCCGCCGAUAUUUUUCUCCAAAACGCCCAUCUGUGAUAAGAGUUUCGAUUAUGCCUACGUCCAUGGCUAUCGGGGGUCAUAUCCCGCAUCGUUUUUAACUCAACUUAGUGUCUUAAUCAAAAGAACUUUCUUAAUAAUCACUAGAGAUAAAACGCUGACCAUUUCGAGGUUCGCAACUCAUAUAGUUAUAGCAUUGUUCAUAGGUAUUUUGUAUUUUGGAAUUGGCGUUGAUGCAUCAAAUAUGAGGAAUAAUUCCAAUUAUAUGUUCUUUUCGGAGAUGUUUUUAAUGAUGACGGCGUUCAAUUCAGUCCUUACUACGUUUCCCUCAGAAUUGCCAAUAAUAACUAAGGAACAUUUUAAUAAAUGGUAUUCCCUUAAAUCCUACUACUUAGCCAUUUCAAUAGCAGAUAUACCGGUUCAGAUGGCAGCUACUACGUGUUAUGGUUUGCUCACAUACUUUAUGACCCAACAACCAAUAGAAGGUUACCGGAUAGGUCUGUUUCUACUGAUGUGUAUGCUCAUUGCUGUGGUAUCUCAAAGCUUCGGAUUACUCAUUGGAGCCACAAUGAGCUUAAAUAGUGGAGUAAUAUUUGGUCCAUUCUGUUUCCUGCCGUUCACAAUUUUUUCCGGAUUUUUCGUCCAGCUCAACGCAUCGCACCCAGCAUUCCGUUGGAUUUUUCACAUUUCCUUUUUAAAAUACGGUUUCGAAGGAUUACUUCUAUCCGUCUUAGGAUACGACAGAGAAAAACUACCAUGCAAAGUCGAAGAUUACUGUCACUAUACGAGUCCAAAGAGAUUUUUGUCAGACAUGGAUAUGGAAUAUUCUACAUAUUCGCUGGCUGUGAUAUUUUUAGUUUGUUUGUGUGUAGCUUUAAGAAUCGUCGCAUUUAUUGCUCUGAACUUUAAAGUUAGAAAUAGUCGACAACACCGGUAGAGACGACGGGAUCUUAUGCCGCAUUAUUCGGGAAAAUGGAAUACUGUAAAAUUAUUAAAAACGGAUUAACGGGCAAGAGUAUCCAACAAUUACAGCAAACACAAAAAUCUACCAAAUGUUGCAUUAUUAAAUAUGUUUAUGUCUUCUUAAAUAACUGAAGAGGUGCUGUUAAAAUUUCGGAACUAAAAAAAAACUGAAGCAAAUUUAAAAAUACUAUUAAAAUCGUAAUCAGGCUAAAUUAUGCUUGAUUAAAAAUAAUGAUCUCUUCAUCAGAUAUUUAACAUGAUUAUUAGACGAAACAACACAGUACAUUCAAGGUUCAAAAUUAAUAAUUAUAUAGAUUUACAAUCAACUAAUAGAUGUUCAGGGCUAUGACAAAUAAUAUUAAAAUUUAAUAUUUCAACUUGUUACUUAAUUGUCAUUAUUUCUUAUGCAGAUAAAAGAGUUAAAGGAAUUAUUUUAAUAAUCCACGUGAUACACAAAAAAAAUGUAUUUCUUACUGAUAAAUCGUUACGACUGAGUUUUUUUAUAAAAAAUUAUAUCUGGUUUAAUUAACAGGAUAUGUCGUGACUGUAGCUGGAACUGUCAAUAUAUAUGUAAUUAUAACUAUCAAUGUAACUGACAAUAAAACUAUCAAUAUAACUGUCAAUAUAAUUUUCAAUAUAACUGUCAUGUCAAUAUAACAGUCAAUAUAACUGACAAUAUAAUUGUACAAAACUGACAUGGCUCACCGUGAAAAGUAAAAAUAUUGUCAACAAAAUGAGAACUAAUAAUAAAAAACAUGGAACAUAAGAGAUUGAUGAAGUUGUGCUACUGUCUUAAUUUCCAGACAUGUAAUAAGUUACGAUUAUUAUCAUAUUGAUUUUUUUGUGUAAUUUUCAAAACAUAAUGCAUCAGUUAUAAAUUCGUAACUCCCAGUCAUAUUUCAUUGACAGUUACGAUAGCCACGGCAACUAUGCUAUUAUUGCUUUGCUGUUAUUGUUCAGUAAUAAAUAAAUAAAUAAGGUCUUAAAAGGAUAUAAGAAAAUUCUUGGUGACAUAACUUAGCUUUAAAUAAGUUUCUUUGUUUUAUAAACAAACAUCACUUAGAAGCACUUUAUUACAAUAAUAUAUGAAGUGAUCAACAAAAAAUGUUUCUAAAGUAGGCCUUGGAAAAUUCAUACAUAUCUGAUCGUACAAUUCUUCUUAUUUUUAAGUAUCAGUUUAAAUUUAAUUCAGAGCCGUGCAUGAUUCGUACCUCUUAGAAACAUUUUUUGUGGAUAAUUUCUUAUGAAGGGGAUUUUAAUUGUAAUCUUUCUGUUUGAAUGAUGUAGUACCUACUUUGUUCGGAUAAAAGGACAUUGAUAGUUUUAAGUUUAAUUAGGUAUAGGUACGUUAUUAUUCGUUUUAUUAUUUAUAACCAAUGUGCAUUUUUACCAAUUUUUAUGUGAUAUUUUAAAAAUAAGAAUAGGUAAGAGAUGUACAAAAACUGUAUUAUCAUGCGUAUUAUUGUUAGUAUUCAAAAUGGUAGGUUUCUGAGUGUAUAUUUGGCAACAUUUCUAUAUUAAUGUAUACUUGGAAAUUUCUUUUUCUAUAAAAUCAAUAUUUUUCGGAAAUGAAAUAGGAUAGUUAAAAUAUAUUUUAUUUAUAGUUAAGCUUAUCACAUUGCAUAAGAAACCAAAACCAAUUGGUGAUUAUCCUUUUUUUGAAUAUUGAAAUAUAAACAAAUAAAUAAUCAGAAGCCUACCAAUACUUAAAGUUUGUUUGAAAAAAUUUUAAAAAG